AUGGUCUUUGCACGUCGCUCAACUCUGCAGGCUGUCAAUGCUGCUCGAGCUUUCCGCACAGCUCCUUUGGCUACAAGAUCCUCCCAGGUGAUUGGUCGCCGAUUCAAAUCCAGCGGGCAUCAGGACAAAGGAUAUGAUGAUCACUCGACCAGUGAUCUGCCGUGGCUUCUUGGGUCUCUUGGGAUAGGAGGUCCUAUUAUUGGAUACCUUAUCUAUUCUGGCCCUUCGAAGCCGUCACGCAGUGACAGCCAUGGCGGCGCACAUGGAGAAGUUCGCAAAGAGUCCCACAAUUCUGAUGCCGAAGAAUCUCAGGAAGAGAGCUCUGCUCCUGAAGCUGAGAAGGAGACUGCUGAUGGAGAGCAACAGUCAAAGGAAGAUGAGAAGCCUGAGCAGGCUUCUGAAGAGAAGAAAGAUGAUGAGAAGGAGGACAAGAAGGAUGACGACAAGUCGGAACAAGGAGACAAGUCUCCGGCAGAAGAGAAGAAGAACGAUGGCGAGAAAUCAGGCUCUGCCGAGUCUGGCAAUGAUGAGAAACAAUCCGCCGAUCAGUCCGAUGGAUCAGAGUCCAAUUCUUCUCAGCAGGAAGAGUCGUCUGGUUCUGACAAGGCCAGUUCUAAGGCAGAUGAAUAA